CAAAGGUGAUCGGGGAAUCAAAAUUUGUGUAAAGUUGAAUUGAAACUCGAAAUAAAAAUGGUACCAAAUAGUUCAGUAAAGCAUCCAUAUUACCCGCAGGAUAUUGCACUUCCUCAUUAUGUACCAAACGAUAAAGAAUUAUCAGUUUUGUUGGGAGGUAUGUUUGGCUCGGUUGGACUUUUCAUGGUGUUCACCUGGUUUUUCAGUGGACGUUCCAAAACGAAAUUUUCAACCACAGAGAGACUUAUUUUAUGUUGGUUUAUGAUGUGUGGUUUGAUUCAUACAUUUCUAGAAGGUUAUUUUAGUUUGUUUCAUGCGACAAUAGCUGGAGAAAUGACAUUCCUUGCUCAAGUUUGGAAAGAAUACAGUAAAGGUGACAGCCGAUAUCUUACGUCUGAUACAUUUGUUUUGUGUAUGGAAAGUAUAACAGCUGCUAUAGAUGGACCUUUAUCAUUUCUGGCUUUAGUUGCAUAUUUCCGUCAAAGUUCGUAUAGAUAUAUAUUGCAGCUGAUAGUGUCUAUUUGUCAACUAUAUGGUGACGUUCUCUACUUUAUGACAGAAAUCAAAGAAGGAUUUUCACAUGGAGAUCACGGUCAUCCACUUUAUUUUUGGUUUUAUUUUCUAUUUAUGAAUCUAAUUUGGAUUGUAGUGCCAAUUUGUUUAAUAUUCCAUGCUUCAAGCCACUUAGCAGACUCACAAUCUAAAGCAGAUCAAAGUUUUAAGACUGGAAGAAACAAAAAAAGACAUUGAAUUUUGCUCAAACCACCAACAGCAAAAUUUUGACCAUCAACGUUAGCUUAAUAAU